AAACGUCAGCUGUCAAUGUCAAAUCAAAAGUGCACAAUGUUUACUGUGCCGGUUUCCAAAAUCCUGUAAAAAGAAAUAAAUAAUGAGUUUAAACCGAAUAGACUAACUAGUGAAUUUAUUAAAAUUAAUUUUGUGCGUGUUUUGGAAGUAUAUCCGCAAUGACAUCGCUUUUGUCGGCGGAAUUAGCCGCCACUUGCAACGCUUUGGGGACGUAUGAUAAAAAGACUGGCAAAUAUUUAAUAGACGACUUUACUCUCAAUACAGUGAAAGAUUUAAUUCGUUAUUUACGCCGUGAUGGUGAGGAUCAUGAAAUCCGUCGUCAUUUUGGUCAAACAAAAGUGCUACAAAGUGAUCUACUGCCGAUGCUAAUUGAUCACUGGGAGAACACUGAAUUGUUCGACGUUACACUCAGACUACUUGUGAACCUUACAAACCCAGCUCUAUUACUGUAUCGAGAAGAAGUGCCAGUGGAACGCACAGCAAGACACAACUACCUGCAGAUCCUAUUACAUUUGCAGGCUUACAAAGAGGAGGCAUUUACCAAAGUUGACACAUGGAACAUUUUUGCUAAGAAAUUGGCAAAGAUUUUGGAAAUUGAUUGGACAGAAAGGGAUGAAGACACAGGACUUAUCAUUGAGAGAAUUUUGAUACUAAUUAGAAAUGUACUUCAUGUUCCUGCUGACUUGGACAGAGAGAGGAGGCCCGAGAAUGAUGCCAGUGUGCAUGAUCAGGUGUUAUGGGCUCUCAAUCAGUCAGGCAUCCUAGACAUCAUCCUAUACAUGUCUUCUGAAAAUGAGAAGCAAUACUUCAUGCAUAUCCUUGAGAUCAUAUCCCAUUUGUUGAGGGAACAGAAUCCAAGUAGCCUGGCUGAUGCUGCAUUACAACGCAGUGUUGAUGAAAAACUUAGGGAUGAUCAAGAGUUGCUUUCUAUCAGAAUGUCCGAAAAUAAACAGAGAAUCAACAAGAUUAAACAAUAUUCUGGAACAAGGCAUUCUCGAUUUGGAGGCACAUAUGUAGUGCAAAACAUGAAAUCUUUAUCAGACAAUGAGAUAGUUUGUUUGAAACCAUUGAACAAAAUAUCCAACUUAGACUUUGGUGGGGGCAAGAAAUCUAAGCUGGUUAAACCCAAAAAUAGAAGACCAGUUGAGAGUGGUAUUUUAGAGAGGAGAUCUGCAUUUGCUAUCAGAUUGUUCCUGAAAGAAUUUUGUAUAGAAUUCUUAAACAGCUCUUACAACCCACUAAUGCAUUAUGUGAAAGAUGUGUUAGUGCGCGCCAAGGCCCAACAAAAUGAUGAGUCAUAUUACUUGUGGGCAGUCAAGUUCUUUAUGGAGUUCAAUAGGGGCCAUCAUUUCCAAGUUGGAUUAGUCAGUGAAACAAUGUCGGUGCCUAUGUUCCAUUAUGUACAACAACAAAUGGAGAAAUACUACGACAUGAUCAAAGUUGAGAAGAAAAAGUUUUCACCUUGGGUGAGGCGUCUACAUUUAGCUCUAAGAGCUUACAAGGAAUUACUCAACACUCUGUUAGCUAUGGACAAAAGUACCGAUCCUUCUGUCAAAGAAUCUGCUAAAGUUUUGAAAAGCAAUAUUUUUUACGUAUUGGAAUAUAGAGAAUUUAUUAUUUCUACGUUUCUAAAUUAUGAUGAAAACAAAAUGCCUAGGUCGUAUUUAGUGGAUUUAAUGGAAACUGUUCACUUGUUUCUUAAAAUGUUAGAGCACUACUGCAAGAAAACCGGGCUAGUUGUUCAAAAGAAAGUGAGGAAAAAGGCCAAAUCCAAACCGAAAAAACAAAAGGCGGGUGCACAAAAGACUAAGGUCGCGUCCCCGCCGGCCGCCUGGGACGAGCUCAGGGCGCAGAUGGCCGCGGUCAUCAGUUCGGGAGUGGAUGAACAUCCACCGCCUUUUGACGCCGCUUCUGACGUACCUAUUGACCAGCAAAAAGAGGACUGCAUGAAAAAUGUGCAAAAGUUGAUGCGCGAGUACAAAUUCGAAGAUGCAGUCGGCAUGUUUAGAGCUGCCAGGGAAGUGUGGCCAGAUGAAGGAAUAUUUGGUACAAAUGGAAUAACUGAAGAUGAAGAGUUAACAAUGCUUGAAACUGUUUACAAUACCGACUUGGGAGUUGAGACAGCUGCAGACAAUGCUGUUGAUGUAAAUGAUACUCAAGACAAUUCCGAGUAUGACGAAGAGGACGAAGAAGAAGAAGAAGAAAGGAGUGCUGCUGUCGUUGAAACUGACUUUGAUUUCAAAGAUUUUGUGAACAGAUUCUGUCACCCCCGCGUCGUAAGCGCUUGCGUUAAUCUCCUGGAGCGCUACGACAAAAACCUGCCUCACACGAACCACUGCAUCAUUAAGAUGCUGCACCGCAUCGCGUGGGACUGCAAGCGACCCACCAUGAUGUUCCAAGCUUCACUAUUCCUUAUAUUCCAAAAGAUCCUUGACAAUCGAGUGCCGCAGUUCAAGGAAUUGGAAAAGUUCGCUAUAUUCAUAUUGAGGAAAUUCACAGAAGUUGCUUCGAAGAAUCCCAAAGUGUUUAUAGAGCUCUUGUUCUGGAAAAAUUCGAAGGACUCACUUGAUAUCGAAUAUGGAUAUGAUUUGUAUAGUGAUAACAGGGACAAGCCUGGUAAAGGCGUUUGGUCUGAAGAGCAAGAGGAAGAAUUACGUAGAUUGUACAUGGAAAAUCAAAGCAAUCCAGAAACAGAUCAAGAUGUGAUCGACUGGAUUUUGGAGAAUCUCAUAGACCAGACGAGAACUAGACGCGGCGUUAUAAAGAAGUUGAAGGAAUUGGGGCUAAUAUUCCGAGCGCCGACUAAACGCAGCCACAAGGAGCCCGCCAGAGAGAAAGUCCCCAAAGUGUUCAGUGAAGAGGAAGAUCAACUGCUCACAGAACUGUGGGAACAAUACAAAGAUGUACCAGAUCCAAUGGGCGUAAUAAUGCCGCGUAUGCCUCGCAAACGUCAAAAGCGUAGCUACGUCGACAGAUUACUGGAGUUAGGUAUGAUUCGAGACAAAAGGGAAUGUCGCAAAAAGAGACAAAAGAAAUCCAACGCUAAAAGCGGUGCCGCGGAUGACGAUCAAUCGAACAGCGAUUCUUCUGAUUCUGACUCGUCUGACAAGUCAGACUCUGACAACGACACGCCACAGCCAGUUAAAACCAAAGCAGUGAAGAAUAAGAGCGUUUCAAAGCCGACAAACAAAAAGACUGGGAAACAACAGAAACGUAUCGAACUGACUGCUAAUGAGAUCGCUAAGCUUAUGGUGCAAGCCGUCGACAACGGUUUAACGGAAGCUUUGAAAUGGUUGGCGGAGAGUUUAGAAGAGGUAGCUUUGGACCAAGAGGCGGAAGGUUAUGAUGCAGAAGGUGAGGGAAUUCCUCUCGUCCCGAUAUCUCAGGAGUCUGUCGAAGCUAUGGAUCAAGAGUUGUUCAAGAAAGUGCUCCGAGGAGUAGGCGUUGUGCCACCUUUUGAUGAACAGGAAAAAUACUGGCGAAUACCAAGCGCCUUGCACUUCGAGACUAUCAGGAAAAGGCGCGAAAUAAUUAUAAAGGCUAUUCAUAAAGAACUUAUUAUCGACACUAGUGAGGCGACCGAAACUACAGAACUCGAUACAAACCAGAGAGAAGAAUCGAGUGAUGACGAUGAUUUGUUCGAUAAUUUAAGGAAGAUGCGGGAAAAUAACGUGGAAAAUGUUAUCGAUAAAAGUGGCACAAAACCCAAUAAUGAAACUACACGCAAUCGGAAACGUGUGCGAAGUGAUUCUGAAGAUGAGGACAGUCGCGGGAAAAUGCAGAAAAUUGACGAAGGAGACGAAAGUGUGACUCGCGACGACAAUGACGAAAUUGUGACUCGUGACGACGAUGACGAUAUUCUAUCAUUCGCUAAACGGACUUUGCAGCAAGAAGACUUGCCGGAUAGUGAAGAUAUUAUCAACAAUAUACCAAAAAUGGACAGUGAUAACAGCAGCACUGAAGAUAAUGACGACGUAAUUGUGUCGUCGAGACGCGACAAAAAGAAGCGAAGAAUAGUUAUUGAAGAUGAUUCUGAAUAGUGUUGAACAUAAUUCUUUGGUUUUUGUAUUUAAUGCCCGGUUUACACUUUGUUAAGUUAACACUGCAGGUGAUUAGUGCAGGUGUUUAGUAAUCAAGGUGUGAACGGAAGCGUAAAGUGAUUAGUGUUAAGUGAUACGUGCGAUUAGUACUUAUUGAUUAGUGCGAGUGAAUAGAAUCAAGGUCUAUUUUUGUUGUUAAGUGACUACCCCCUCUCAACUUUUCUACUACCCUCUCUCGCAAUUUGCCUGUACUAAUCAGUGUGUAAAUACGUGUGUGUUAAGUGCGCAGUGUCAAGUUCAAAGCGAAAAUGAAGUGGACGGAACAACAUACUUUAAAAUUCGUACAAGAAUACAUAAAGUUUGAAUGCCUAUACAAUGUAAAGUGCGCAGAAUUUAAAAACAAACAGUUGAGAGAUGCGGCCCUAUUGAAACUGAGUGAAGCGAUGGGAAUUCCCGAUUUCAAAAUUGAGUUCAUUUUCUAUAUCAGAUACCACAACAGAUACUUUGUCUCAAUAUUAGGCGCUGUUCAUCUUCCAUUUCUAGAGACACUAUGCACAACGGGCAGUACCACUAUGAGCUUCUUCCUAAACACUGUGUAAACGGAGAUGGAAAAGACUACUUAACACUUGAGGCUUAUCGCGUAAAGUUAACGCUUAACACUUAUCACUUCACACUUCGCAAAGUGUAAACCGGCCUUUAUUGUAAGUUGGCCUUAAGAUUAAAUACUAUGUAUUGUUAAGCAACUUUGAGUUUCUCUUACCGGUUUAUCCAAAAAGUGACCUUAAAACGUCUUGCAUACAUUCGAUAUUGACUCCAGCAAAUUUUAUACGAAAAAUAAACUCUACAAAAAUCUUCCUCCGCUUUCUUCACAUGCAUAUGUUCAAAUUAGACUUAAAUAAACAGUCGGUUGUGCAGUUCUUAUGUUAUUAUUUCACGUAGGAAUUCCAAUAUGAUCCCGCCAUCGAAUCGCAAUAUAGUCAGUGAGCUCGCUUGCUGGCAUUUGCCUUCCAUUGCAAGGGAUCGAGUCCUCGCAUUCGAUAUUGCUAAUAUUGUGCAAUACAACCGACUCAAUUGGAAAAAAUGUAUUUGUGAUACAGCCAAUGUUUAUCCAAGUAGAAGCAAUAGCGUUUACUGCUUACUAUCGUAUAAACUGUACUGAAAAAUUCAUUAUUUUCUUUUCUACAAAAUUUUCCACCAGUACGAAAUCAAUAGGUACCGAUUUCUUUUUCGACGUGAUCAUUAUAUCGGGCCGUCCACAGCUCUACGUUGGCUUUACGGAUUAUCCCUAAAGCCAUCUAAAUAAACGAGAAUUGAAAUUCUGUCCCCGCAAAAUAAAUUAUAUCGAACUAAUUAUUAUGGACAAAGUAAUAAGGUUGUAGUACUCGUAUUAGAGUGAAAGCCGGUUCGCUGUUAUAUUUCGUAUAUAUUAAUGCCGGUGGGGUGAGCACUAAAUCUUUUCACUCAGCUAUCAGAUUAGCGCCGACCCUCUCCCCUGCAUGUCUCGUUGUUUUUCUAACAUUAUCUUUACAUUGGGAACAGACACCCGUGUCGGGAGCAAAUACUACCUGAAACAACAUUCAAAUUAGCUAUACUUAAGUACCUAUGUACACUCGGUUCUAGUAGUGAAUUUUGCGAAUAACAGUUUGUUCGUCAAAACAUUUGUGGCUUAUUCAAAUCGUUGUAUGUUUAAUUCUCAGAUGAAAUAAUAGCUUAUUUUAUGUUUGAAAUAAAGGUAAUGGAUGUUUA